ACUAAUGUUUUGGCACUAAUCAAAAAAUUGUGAUUUUUAGUUUAUAUUCAUUGUAUUAUUUGUAAUCGCUUGGUUACAAUAAUGGAAAUUGUACGAGUCGUGGUGAAAUCGGCAGCUGAUAUAACUGAGUAUAUUAUUAAUGGUGUUGGAUCUGAGACACUUGAACAGUUAAUCCCAAAAGGAGCUUUGCAUACCACAAUAAAAGAUUUAAAACGCAGCCUUUCCAAACGCUAUAUUAAGGGAAAAAUUUCUUGGAAAGGUUCUUUGACUUCUUCUGUUGGCGAAAACCGGAUCAGCUUAAAAAUUACAGAUGAUAAAGUGUGUAAAACGCAGAAGCAGCAAAGUCCGCAGACAGCUAGGGGAAGCCGAGGAAAGGUUCCAAAAGACAUGGUAGUGUUGAUUGAUUUCAGUGGAAACGUGGCUGUGUGGGUUGACCGGGUCACACAGCUCUGGGACACCGUUGUUGUAUGCCAUGCAAUGACAAGACAAUGCGAGCAUCAUCAGGACAUGGGUGUUAAUCAAUGGAAAUUGGACUUUGUUCCCGCAGUCAGCUCACGACCACGUCCGGAUUGCUACUUCUUUGUGGACACACGCCACAAAUGGCUCACAGGCAAUGCAGCUACCAUGGAUUUGAAAGUUAUGGAGACUCCCACCCCAAUGGAAGCAUCAACACCUCAAGAGAGUACCAGUGCAAACAAUUCUAACACAACAAUAGCCAGUGGGGCAAGCUGUACGGGUGGUAGAUUCCAGAAGCGAAAGUUAGAUUUCAGCUCAAUAGGCCAGAGCAAGAGUAAAGGGCAUGAACAAACUGGAGGUACUGUUUUCACAAAGCCAGCCAAGGAAGAUGAUGAACGUAAUAAAAUAAGAGGUUCCACUGCCAUACAAAAGAUUUUGGCCACGUUGCCGAUAUCUCAGAAUUUGGGAGAACGAAAUAGUGUACCUAGUGGGGAGAUUUCUAUCUCUCAGCAAGAAGGCACUAAUACUAAUCAAACAGUUGGUACUGUAACUCCAGAUAUCUUGAAAAGCAGCUUCUGGGAAGACAGUAAAGACUUGAGCGACAACGUGAUGGCUAUUAGAGACUUAAGUGACAGUUUGGAGGUUAAUAGAGACUUGAGCGAAGUAAUGCCUAAUAGAGUGGAGUCUGCAUUGAGAGAGUCAUCUGUUAGUAGUAGAGUCAGUACCAUUACAGAGCAGUCAAGCAAUCCAAUAUGGUUAAUUGGUUCACCACCAGUGAUGGAUGUUACAGCUGGUGUCAUGUCUGAAAAGAAACGAUGCAACAACACCACCUUGAUCAAAGAUCUGGCAGUUGGUUCGAUAGCUAGUGUGUGGGGAAUUGUCAAGUUCCUAAAUGAGCCAAGAAGAACAAGGGGAUCAGAUUGGCUGUUGCACUUUGGACUGGUGGAUCGUUCCACGGGUGAAGAGGAUGGAGACGCAGUACACUGCCACAUGUUCGCUCCCUUGAAGCAGCUGCUGCCACAGAUCAACCGCAUUGGAGACAUCAUGCUUCUGCUACACGCAAAAGUGAACUUGUUCAAUGGCAAACUGCAGUUGGGGUCAACUGCUGCUACGGUGGCUCUGGUGUUUGACGAAGAUCCAGCCAGUAGUGAGCAACCAAGGACAGGCAGUGCAGAUCUUUUGUACAGUUUCAUUGAGUUGGACAGAAAGCGUCUGAGACACUACAGAGAGUUAUUUAAGUCAACCAAGUCAUUUUCUUCUGUGACAACCAAAAAGUCUCUCAUCUCGGACAUAAAGCUAAAUUCCUACAGUGAUGUUUAUUGCCAGAUUGUAACAGUAAAUGCAGUACAUCCUGAUACACUGACCAUGCUUAAUGUAUGGGAUGGUACUGCACUAAACAGAUCACUAAGAGUGAGAAGAAGUGCUGAGGAGCAAGCAAGACUGACCUGUGAAUCUCUACAGGUUGCCUUACCUGUCUGUGUGACUGGGAGUCAGGCAGCAAUUGCAUCAAAGCUCCAGGUAGGAGAUCAUGUUUGGCUUAGAAAUCUGCACUGCUUGAGGGCUCCCGAGGUUCAUCAAGAUAUUGCUAGUGGAUUUACUGUUGUGCAUCUUUUGAUGGCUUGUGGAUCCACGAUAGACAGGGAGAUGGUCCCUCUAGCCAGAAUUUCACAGGAAGUUCAGUCACUGAAUAUAAGCUUGAUGAAUCUCCAUGAUGAGUUAGAACCUGUUAUUGCAUCGCAUCCUUGUGGACCUUUGCAAGAAUCAUUCAAUGCAGAAGCUAGAGUUGAGCGUGAAAUGUCAUCUACUCAUCAGGCUGAACAUGGAGACAAAUCUGCUGCAGCAACGCCCUCCAGGUCUUUGCUUGUCACCUGUCAGGUAACUUCCGUUUGUGAGAUUCCAGAAAAAGACAUGGGAUACACAAGAAUCACAGGAAGCAGCAGUGAUCGUGUGAGGCGGAUUGAUGAGGUGUCAGACGUGGGGGUGACUCAUCCACCAUUCAGGGAUGUAUGUGGGGAUCCACCUAUUACUCUCCAUCUUAUGCCCUGUGACACAGCCAAGGUUCAGCAACUAAAGGUUGGACAACGUAUACAGAUUACGGGUGGUGUUUGUGCUGAGGCUGCCGACGUCUCAGAGAGGAGUCCUCUAAUGAUGGAUCUCUCGUGUGAGGGUAGCAUUACUGCAAGAGAGUUGCUAGCAGUGGCUGAGGGAAAUUGGACAUCAGAAUCAUUACAAAGGUCAUUGGCUGAUGCUAUACCAUCAACGGCGCCAUCUGCUGGUAGUUGUGAAGUGCCAGGCUCUACAACUCAGCUGCUGAGCAGUGCUGCAAUGAAUGCAACGUCCGACGGCUCCGCACCGACGGUUGAUGGAAAAUCGAUCUACAGCCAGCUGCCUAAUGUGACCUGCGGUCAAGUGACCAGUGUUACGCACGAGCGUUCGCCUCUCCGUCGCAUGCUCCCAUCUACCUCGAUCCCGCCCUCACAUCACUCUGCUGGGAAUUCACUCGUGGCACAGACAGCGACACCCAGUGGCAAUGACAUGCUGCAACCUGCGAUCUGUAUCACCGAUGUUGAAGGGCGCCAGGCAAAUGCAAGUGCUGAUCCCGAGAUGCAUGGGCUCUCCAAACAUGUGGGAGAGCUUAUCGACUGUGCCAUCGAAAUAUCUGAGACAACACACCAUGGCGCUGGAAAAGAUGCACAGAUUCAUAGCAAUAUGGAGACUUUAAAUGUCCCCUACGUGCUAAGAUCUCGGAAGCGUUCAUUGCCGUCACAAGCCAGCGAUUCCCACGCGACGCAGAACGUUGCUGCCUCGCCUAAUAGAAAGAAGAGUAAACAGUCAGAGAGCAGCACUGAAGAACUUGCAUCUGCCAUGAGAAAAUCUCUAGACCAGACCAGAUUUAGUAGACCAGAGCAGAUUGCUGGCUCUCCUAACAGUGAGAAGACUGAACACCCAGAAACCAGUGGUGUACCACUAGGAUCAAAGAUUCUUCGAACCCCUGUAAGAACAUCUGCACGGCUCAGUGCUAAGAGGGACAUGCUAUCCAAGUCUCCACAGGUAGCACAAGAAGAAGAUCAAGGUAGGUCUAUGGAGGUGCAGGUAACGUUGCAGGCCUGCACUUCCAGUAAACUACCGCAUAUUGCUGGCUCUCCUAGUAGUAAGAAGAGUGGGCAGUCACAAGCCGGGGGCACUCUGCUAGAAACAAGCGUACCUGUAUCUCAUGUGAGAACAUCAAGACGGCUCGAUGCGAAGAGAGAGUUGCUCUUCAAGUCUUCACAGAUGGUACAAAAGGAAAAGAAAAGCCAGUCUGCAAAACUGGCAGAAGAGUCACAAGCCAGCACCUCCAGUAGCGAGCAAGACCUUCCUGAAUCUUGUACUAACUCGACGAGGGAGCUGGGGGAAAACACCAACGAGCGGCUGGGAGGAAUUGGACUUGUGUCUCCCGUGAAAUUAUUCCUCCAUCGUUAUACGACUACGAAAUACACGUCUAAUUCAAAGCAGGUGGAUUCACAAGACAGGCCGGGCAGUUUAUUAAAGGGGCGGUGGCCCGCAUUGGAUGGUCAUGCAGAUAACAUGUCCAUGCUGGUGUUAGAUCCUGAAAUUCAGGUCCGAUUGCAGCAGUGUGGAAUCAGCCACCUACUGGAAGCAGAGCCUGGUGUGUACAGGGUCACUGCCAAGGUCACUGACUGUAAGCCAUCAGUCAAGGAUGCCAGACACGCAUACCAGAUCAUUAACCUUGUGUGCCCCGUCUGUGAAUACAUGGAAGCCGUUCCACAGCCACGCUAUAUGAAGACUGGAGUUGAACGGAACAAACCAAAUAACUCUGGUAAAGAAUGGUGGGAACAAGUGGCUCCAUCUCGUGUUACCGAUUGCUGCGAGUACUGGCGAUGCCCCGCAUGCAUAUUGUGUAUGCAGGAGCAGACACAGCGAUACAGCCUUAGAAAGAUUCCAGAGAUGGUAUUUGUGUUCUGUCUCUACUUGACACUCCAGGAUGACACUGGCACAUUGGAUGUUUUAUUGUUUAGCGACGAUGCGGUUAACUUCUUCAAUGGUGUAGCUCCGCUGGAUCUCAUGAGCGAUGAAGCACGUCUCCUACCGAUGCUGCACUCGAUCUUUGAGCGGCUGCAGGCGCAGAGUGAGGACGGUGAGCAGGUGCUGCUAGAUGCUGCUGUAUGGAAGAGACCUGGCGGGGGCGAACUCUUCCUGUAUCAGAUCAUCAGCUCAAAGGACAACAUAGCCGAUGCUGUGCAGGGCAAGACGAAUGCAGCUUGAGGCCGGGGCGGUUGCCACUUACAUUGUAAUAAUGAGCAAUGAACAGCUUUUGAGGUUAUAGCCGAAGAGCUGUGGUUAGCCAAUUUACCGCAGGUGGCUAAAAAAUUUGUAUUGUUAAAAAAGGUGUUAUUGAUGAUAUCAAGAGUGCAUAAUAGAGAAGAGUAUGACACGGUUUUAACAGCGUUUUGCAUAGUUUUCAA